CACCGGGACCAGCGGAGACUUUACGGGAGCAGAUUGGCAGCUCUGAGCAGGUUCAGGACUGAUGUCAGACCAGGAGGAGAGGGGAUCCGGCUCCAGUAGGUCCUGAUUCUGGAUCAAAGCAGGUGUCCACAGCAGAAUGCACACUCUCCCCUGAACGUCACCUCAGUAUGACACCAUUAGGCCCCGGCCCUUCCCCCCUCCCCCUCCACUAUCACCAUCAUCAUCAUCAUCAUCAUCACGUCUCGCUUUGGAUUGGACCAACACGCCAUCAGUCCUCACUGUGGCCCCGCCUCCUGCUGUAUGUCUGGCUCUGGAUUGGUGGACAGGUGGUUCAGGUGAGUGCUUCCCAUCAGCAGUUUCACCCCCACUCCAUAAAGAUACCUGGUGACAUCACUCUGGGGGGGCUGUUCCCCGUCCACUCCCGUGGCCCCCACGGUCUUCCCUGCGGAGAGCUGAAGAAGGAGAAAGGGAUCCACCGUAUGGAGGCCAUGUUGUAUGCACUGGACCAGAUCAACAGUGACCCCGAGCUGCUUCCCAACAUCACGCUGGGGGCCCGCAUCCUUGAUACCUGCUCCAGAGACACCUACGCACUGGAACAGUCACUCACCUUCGUCCAGGCGCUGAUCCAGAAAGACACAUCUGACAUUCGCUGCUCUAACGGAGAGCCACCCAUAAUCCGUAAACCAGAGCGGGUUGUGGGAGUGAUUGGAGCAUCGGCUAGCUCCGUGUCUAUCAUGGUGGCCAACAUUCUGAGACUGUUCGAAAUUCCUCAGGUGAGCUACGCAUCCACAGCUCCGGAGCUCAGCGAUAACAACCGGUAUGACUUCUUCUCUCGGGUGGUUCCUCCGGACUCAUACCAGGCUCAGGCCAUGUUGGACAUUGUCAAGGCUCUGGGCUGGAACUACGUCUCUACGCUGGCGUCCGAGGGGAACUACGGAGAGAGUGGAGUCGACGCCUUCAUGCAGAUCUCCAGAGAGGCUGGUGGGGUGUGCAUCGCUCAGUCAGUGAAGAUUCCUCGCGAGCCAACAGCUGGAGAGUUUGAUAAGAUAAUCAAACGUCUGAUGGAGACAAGUAAUGCCAGAGGAGUGAUCAUCUUUGCCAACGAGGACGACAUCAAGCGUGUCCUUGAGGCGGCAAAACGUGCUAAUCUGACGGGUCACUUCCUGUUUGUGGGGUCCGACAGCUGGGGAGCAAAGAGUUCACCAAUUGCAGAGCUGGAGGAUGUCGCUGAGGGCGCCGUCACCAUCCUACCUAAACGGGCUUCAAUAGAUGGCUUUGAUCAGUACUUCAUGUCUCGUUCUCUGGAGAACAACCGCAGGAACAUCUGGUUCAAUGAGUUCUGGGAGGACGACUUCAGGUGUAAACUGACCCGACCUGGAAUCAAACUGGACCUUGACAAGAAGAAAUGUACAGGUGAAGAGAGGAUCGGACGGGACUCGUCCUAUGAGCAGGAAGGGAAGGUCCAGUUUGUGAUCGAUGCAGUUUAUGCUGUGGCUUACGCUCUGCACAGCAUGCAUCAGGAUCUGUGUCCCAGCAGCUCCGGAGUAUGUGGCAAGAUGGACCCUGUGGAGGGACGCUCGCUGCUCGGCUACAUCAGAGCUGUCAACUUCAAUGGAAGUGCAGGUACGAGUGUUUUGUUUAAUGAGAACGGAGACGCUCCUGGUCGCUACGAUAUCUUCCAGUUCCAGAUGACCAAUCACAGCCAUCCUGGUUACCGAGUCAUUGGCCAGUGGACCAAUAACCUGAGACUGAACCUGGAGGAGAUGCAGUGGUCUGGAGGAGAUAAAUUAGUUCCAGACUCUAUCUGUAGUUUUCCGUGUCAACCAGGAGAGAGGAAGAAGAUGGUGAAAGGAGUUCCCUGCUGCUGGCACUGUGAGCUCUGUGAUGGCUAUCAGUACCAGGUGGAUGAGUUUACCUGUGAGACCUGUCCGUCGGACAUGCGUCCCGUCCCUAACAGAACAGCCUGUCGCCCGACUCCUAUCAUCAAACUGGAGUGGAACUCCCCCUUUGCCCUUGUCCCCGCCUCCCUCGCCAUGCUUGGUAUCCUAGCAACCAGUGCCGUGGUUAUCACCUUCAUCCGCUUUAACGACACGCCAAUCGUCAGGGCGUCAGGGAGGGAGCUCAGUUACGUACUACUUACAGGUAUCUUUCUGAUCUACCUGAUCACUUUCCUGAUGAUCGCAGAGCCAGGUGUGGUGGCUUGUGCGUUCCGGCGCCUCCUGCUGGGCCUCGGUAUGGCCAUCACCUACUCUGCCAUGUUAACCAAAACCAACCGCAUCUAUCGCAUCUUCGAACAAGGCAAGAGGUCGGUGACCCCACCGAAGUUCAUCAGCCCUACCUCACAGCUCAUCAUCACCUUCAUUCUCAUCUCUGUCCAGGUCCUUGGUGUGUUUGUGUGGUUCGCCGUCGUCCCUCCUCACACCAUCAUCGACUAUGAAGAGCUUCGCCCCCCGAAUCCUGAACUGGCCCGAGGCAUCCUUAAGUGUGACAUGUCUGACCUGUCAAUCAUCUGUUGCCUCAGCUACAGCAUUGUACUCAUGGUAACAUGUACAGUGUACGCAGUGAAGAGUCGUGGUGUUCCAGAGACGUUUAAUGAAGCAAAGCCAAUCGGUUUCACCAUGUACACCACCUGCAUCAUCUGGCUCGCCUUCGUACCGAUCUUCUUUGGUACUGCCCAGUCCACUGAGAAGAUGUUCAUCCAGACAGCCACUCUUACCGUCUCCAUGUCUCUUAGUGCAUUCGUCUCUCUCGGGAUGCUCUACAUGCCCAAAGUUUAUGUCAUCAUUUUCCACCCAGAACAGAACGUCCAGAAGAGGAAGAGGAGCUUCAAGGCUGUUGCCCAGGCUGUGUCUCAGAAAUCAUUAAAUGAGAAACAGAACGGAGAAACAAAGAUUGAACCUGACAGAUCGCAGUAACACAGUAACGCAGUAAUACUACAAUUUAAAGGUAACUGCCAACCAUCCUGAAGAUGACCCCUGUAUGAUGAGUCAUGAUGUCAGUUCCUAUUGACUGCUGAAGAAGUGACAGCAAUGAACUACCAAAAUAAGAUGGCUUUCUUUGAAUAAGCCUUUGAGUUUUUGUUCCUCACAGCUAAUACCUGUCUGUCUCCAGUCUGUCUCCUGUCUGUCUCCUAUCUGUCUCCUCUCUGUCUCCAAUCUGUCUCCAGUCUGUCUCCUGUCGGUCUCUAAUCUGUCUUCUGUCUGUCUCCAAUCUGUCUUCUGUCUGUCUCCAGUCAGUCUCCAGUCAGUCAUCAGACCCCGUCCAACUUCAGACGUCAAAGAGGAAAUGGUUUUCAAGUAAAAUGUUUUAGGACUAUAAAUUAUAUUAAUAUAUUCUGUAGAGACAAUUGGCAAUUGGCAAAAGAGACAAUAAUAUUUUUAUUAUUUUUAUUAUUAUCAUUAUUAUACUUUCUUCCACAGAGAGGCAGAAUGAUCUUUAUAAGCUUCUGUAUGUAACUGUCAUUAAACUGUAAUUAAUAGCGCUACCAGUGGACUUUUAGUAAACUAUAGUCACCGUCCGGUUGCUCGCCCUCCAUACACAGUCCAUUGGUGCGAGCGAGCAUCAUUCUUACAAAUCACCCCAUCAGCUAACACCACGAAGCAACCAAUGGCAGCUAAACAAGCUAACGUUAUCCAGCUAAAAGCACAGUCAGACAAUAUGUUCCACAAGCUUUGCAGUAAUGUUAGCUUUGACUUUGGACUUUGUGUUGGACUCUGUGUUGUCGUGUGUGUGGGUCGUUUGUAGAUGUUAGCGGACUCCAUUUAUAAGCUAAUGUUAGCUAGUGAUGCACACAGUUGACACUGUAGGGAAGUGGAGAGAGAAGGCACUCGGGGACAUUAAGGUCACAUCCUUUGACUCCCAUCUCUACAUAGAAACACAUAGAUAUCAGUCCACAGGCAGCAGAGGAACAAAGCCACGCUACAACCCAUUAACAUACAUUAACAUCUUAUUCCAACGAUGAAUCCUCCAUAAACACUAAAGUUAGUCAUGGAGUUCCACAAGGUUCUGUAUUUGGACCAAUUCUAUUCACUUCAUAUACGCUUCCUUUGUCAAUAUUAUUAGGAAUCACUCCAUUAUCACUGUUAUGCAGAUGAUACCCAGUUAUACCUGUCGAUCAAGGCCGAUGAAAUUAAUCAGUUAUCUAAGUAAAAAACAUGUCUUAACGACAUAAAAACUUGGAUGAGCUGCAAUUUUCUGAUGUUAAACUCAGAAAAAAAACUAAAUUGGCCCCAAACACCUCAGAGACUCACUGUCUAAAGAUAUAGUUACUCUAGAUGGUAUUACCUUAACCUCUAGCACCACUGUCAGGAAUCUUGGAGUUAUCUUUGAUCAGGACAUAUCCUUUAAUUCCCACAUAAAGCAAAUCUCUAGGACUGCCUUCUUUCAUUUACGUAAUAUUACAAAAAUUAGACACAUCCUAUCACAGACAGAUGCAGAAAAACUAAUCCAUGCAUUUGUUACUUCAAGGCUGGAUUACUGCAAUUCCUUAUUAUCAGGCUGCCCCAAUAAGUCCAUUAAGACACUUCAGUUAAUUCAGAACGCUGCAGCACAAGUACUGACAGGAACUAGAAAAAGAGAUCAUAUCUCUCUUGUAUUAGCCUUUCUGCAUUGGCUCCCUGUAAAAAUUAGAAUAGAAUUUAAACACUACAACCCGUUCACUCUCUGCUCACACACACUGAUUCACACGCACUGAUUCACACGCACUGAUUCACACACACUGACACACACACACUGAUUCACACACACUGACUCACACACACUGAUUCACAUACACUGACACACACACACUGAUUCACACACAGACACUGACUAAAGGCCAGGACACACCAAACCGACGGCCGACCGUCGGCAGAAAAGCAGUCGGACUGAUCAGUCGGCUCCCGUCUCCCCGAGUGGGUCAAAAAAGUGCCUCCGAACACACCAAACCGACGCCGACUGGAGCGUACGUUCUGCGUGUGCGCGAGGCGUAAUAUGUCCCCAUAACAGCAGGCAGCGCUAAUCUGUGUUGUCGCCCAAAAAAAUUAAAACCGGAAAUGACGGAUAACUCUAGACCUAUUAAACACAGAGCACGCUGUCGUCAGUCAUUGUUUUCAUCAGAGAGUGUUGAUAGUAGUCAAGAAGGAUCGUUAUUGUCAUUACUCGCUGAACGGAAAAUACGAUGGCUAACAAUAACAAGAUACUGGCGUUGGCGUAGUAUGUUUACCAUCGUCACUUCCGGUUUUCUCGUGAUUCGCUAGUCAAGGGCUAGCACUCCACCAAUCAGAUUGGUCAUUGAGGCCAAUGGCUACUGGCUGAUUCUACAUGUCGAAUCGGCCAAAAUGAACACUGACGCUGACUGACGACGGGACGGGACACACCGAACCGACUCGAGUCACCGACCUCGCCCGACUGCCAAUAAUCGGGUUGGUGUGUCAAUAUUUAUAAUGAUUGAUCAUAUAUAGACUCAUUGAUUGAGGUGUUGAAAAUUUCUACUUUCACACUUUUCAAUCAUCUUGUGACCUCUCAGAUCUAUUGUGGGACCAUUUGAGGGGUCGUGGACCUUGGGAACCAGAGUAUGGAUCAGAAUUUUUUACUCAAUAAUAAUGAUGAUCUUCAGGGUGUGUAUGGGUGGUUUUAAAGGGUUAAUUAGCUGAUUGCAAUACAUGUUUAUAUAUUUAAUGACUUCAAUAUGUUUUAAAGUUUUUUCUAAACAGUCAAAAUUAAGAGAUUUUAUAAUAAAUUAUGAAGAUUGAUUUUGUAUAAUAAGUUAAAAGUUGAGGAUGACAAAAUGUAAUAAAUAAAAGAUAAUAUUGUUUUCUGCCAUUUAAGAACCCAUAAUGCCCUUUGGUUAAUUUUUCCAUUUGCAUAUUAUAACCAACAACUAAUCCAUUGAUUAAUGGAAUGAUCGGGUGAUGCUGCAGAUGUGAUUUAAUGAAUAAAUAUAUAAUUUAUGGAAGUUGUUUUUUGUCUUUAAGGUUUUUCUUUUGUCAAUCACAGACUUGUUCAGGUGUCCCCAUUCAUUCAUCCACAUAUUGUAUAUAUGUACUUUAUAUAUUUGUGUAUUCUUUAUGUAUUUAUACUGUGCGUCGCUGUUUCUGCACUGACAAUAAAAAGUAGUUGUUUCUGUUAAA